GGUUUAUAUUUUUUCAUGGAUGUCCUUCUUCGAAUAUUUGUAGAAGGGAUACUAUCAUAUUUUUCUGAUAUAUUUAAUUCCAUGGAUGCUGCCAUUAUUGUAGUGACUCUAAUAAUUGAUUUCAAUUAUAUUUUUUCUGACUAUGAGAUUUUUAAAGAUAUUCCCAGAUUGGUAAUUCUCCUUCGGUCUCUACGCCUUAUCAUUCUAAUGAGAAUUUUUCAUCUGGCUUACCAAGAAAGACAGCUUGAAAAGUUGACCAGAAGGAUGGUUUCAGGAAACAAACGACGAUACAAGAAAGAUGGAUUUGACUUAGACCUCACUUAUGUGACUGAACGUAUUAUUGCCAUGUCAUUCCCAUCUUCUGGAAAGGAGUCUUUCUAUAGGAAUCCAAUUCAGGAAGUUGUGCGGUUCCUGGAUACCAAGCAUCGAAACCACUAUCAAGUCUACAAUCUUUGCCGAAGAACUGGAACUAUGGCUUGUGCGUGCCUUAUUGCCUGUGAAAUAUUUACAACUGCAGAGGACAGCCUUUAUUAUUUUGGAGAACGACGAACAGAUAAAACCACCAGCAGUAAAUUUCAGGGAGUAGAAACCCCUUCUCAGAAUAGGUAUGUUGGAUAUUUUGAAGAUGUGAAAAAUAUUUAUAACUUGACUCUCCCUCCAAGAAAAAUACUUAGGAUAAAAAAAUUUGUUAUUUAUUCAAUUCAUGGCAACGGUGGUGAUCUAAAAGUGAAAAUAAUAAUGCGUCAAAAGAUUGUCUUUUUCUGUUCUGCUUCCAAAAACUGUAGGGUAGUUCAUGAUAUUGAAAGAGACAGAGUAAUAAUUCAUCUAUGCAACUGUCCACUUCUGUAUGAUGAUGUAAAAGUGCAAUUUCUGUCUUCUUCAGAUCUUCCUAAAUACUAUGACAACUGCCCCUUUUUCUUUUGGUUCCACACAUCCUUUAUAGAAAAUAACAGGCUUUAUCUUUCAAGAAAUGAAUUGGAUAAUCCCCAUAAACCAAAAGCAUGGAAAAUCUAUCGUCCAGAGUUUGCAGUUGAAAUUUAUUUUGAUGAUGUUAAGUUGUGCCUGGUAUCUGAUUAAGUGUAGUUCCCCUUCUAGAAUAGAAUCAUAUUCUUCCCAAUCCCUGCUAUGUAUUUAUAUCUUCAAAACCCUCUUCCUUGCUGGUAUACUUAUAUUUACAUAUGUGUACAUAUGUUCUUGAGAAUACUAUUCAACAUAUAUUAAAUAUAUACAAGAGAAAAUGUCAAUGGCAAUUUUUUUUCCUUUUUGAAGGAAUACACUUCACACAAAGUUUUGAGAUAAAUUUGGAACACAACACACAGGAACAUUAGU